GCGCGCGCAGUUCGCGCAGGCUGGCCGCGCGUACUACACGUACCUUUUGUCUGACCUUCCGCUCGAUCGAGACCACAAUCACUCACUUUACGCUCAAUGAUCCUUUCCUACAAUUACAUGCAAUAAUGUAAAUUUGCCAGUUUAAACUUAGUCAAUAUUUUUUCAAGUGAUAGUAAAGUGAUAUUGUAAAUAUUAGUUUAGUAAAUAGUGAAGAUUUGUAAAAAUGAAGCUUAUAGUUUUUGCGGUUUUAAUAUGUAAAGGAUACGCCGAGAUACUAAACUUCUCAGGCGGAGUUAGGUCCAAUUACACAUUCCCGAAGGAUUUCGUCUUCGGCGUGUCUACUGCUGCCAUACAAAUUGAAGGAGCUUGGAACAUAGAUGGCAAAACACCGAGUAUAUGGGAUAACCUAAUUCACAAUAACAGAAGUUUUGUGAGAGACCGCUCAACGCCAGAGGUUGCGGCGGACUCCUACCACUUAUACAAGAGGGAUGCUGAAAUGGUCCACGAACUCGGAGUGGAUAUUUACCGCUUCUCCAUAUCGUGGCCUAGAAUCCUACCUACAGGGUUAGCCAAUGAAGUCAACCCUCUUGGCAUACAGUAUUAUAAAAACCUAAUUGACGAGUUGAUAAAGUACAAUAUCACGCCCAUGGUGACGAUUUACCACUGGGAUUUACCACAGAAACUACAGGAUGUGGGUGGCUGGAGUAAUGCUCAUAUAGUCGAUUAUUUCACCGACUACGCAAAGGUUCUGUUCGACAACUUUGCAGAUAAAGUAAAGUACUGGAUUACUUUCAACGAGCCGAUGCAGACCUGUUUGGAGGGCUACGGGGGCACCACCCGUGCGCCGUCGCUCAACCGCCAUGGCAUCGCCGAAUACCUUUGCACGCAUAACCUCCUUAAAGCCCACGCUAAUGUGUAUCAUCUAUAUAGCCAACAAUACCGCUCUUUGUUUGGAGGUAAGAUCGGCAUGUCCUUGGAUUCCAAUUGGGCGGAGCCGAAGACAAAUUCUGCAAAGGAUAAGCAAGCGGCUGAGUUGUAUUUGAAAACACAUGUUGGCUGGUACGCGCACCCCGUUUAUUCCGCAGAAGGCAAUUAUCCCCCAGAACUUAUAAAGCUGGUCGACGAGAAGAGCAGACAACAGAACUACAGUCGUUCUCGCUUGCCGAAGUUUACCCCCGAGGAGGUCGCCUAUAUUAGAGGCACCGCCGAUUUCUUCGGCUUGAAUCACUACACUACAUAUCUCCUUAGUAUGGCAGAAGGGGAAGUAGGGGCUAUACCGUCUCACGAAAAUGACGUAGGCAUCGUCAGAGUUCAAGAUCCUAAGUGGCCGUCCCGGUCGUCAUCCACCUGGCUCAAGGUGGUGCCCUUCGGUUUCCGAAGACUACUGCGGUGGAUCUCCACAACAUACAACAACGUCCCCAUCAUCGUGACUGAGAAUGGGUACGCAGACUACGAUGGCGUGGACGAUUACUCGCGAGUCUCCUACUACAGCCACUAUCUGAACGCGUUGCUGCACGCCAUACAUGAGGACAAGAGCAACGUGCAGGGGUACUUUGCGUGGAGCUUGAUGGACAACUGGGAAUGGGAUGAUGGAUUUGUGUCCCGCUUCGGUCUGUACUUGGUCGACUUCAAGAGCCCAAAGAAGACACGCACGGCCAAGCGUUCGGCGCGGCUGUACACAGACGUGGUGUCCACGCGGCGGCUGCCCGCAGACUACGACCCUGAGGACUUCUCCGCGUUCUCCGGAGCCGCCACACUGGCUCCCACUCUGCUCCCCCUCCUAGUCCUCUACAGGCCUUAGUUACCCUUACAUACCUUUUUGUUAUGUAAAAAUCUUUAAAUUAAAUUACAUUUAAAUAUU